GUGUGUGUUUGAGUGAGUGCGUGAGGAUGGGUUAAGUUUGAAGGGAGGGUAACACAGAGUGUCUAACCAAAGAUCAGACGAGUUUUAAUGGUAAUCUUCAGCGGAGCGAUAUUUAUGACUGUCUGAUGACUAUAAAAAGAUACCGAAGGAAGGUCUUUAUAGUGGAUUAACUGAAGGAACAUCAAUUGCCUUUUCGUCACUUAAAUUACGGAAAACAGAUGUGUGAGGAGGAGUGCAUACCCCAUGUUGCAUUAGUGCCUCUGUGAAAUGCUGGCCUGUCUGCCAGGACCAGGUGACCUUUGCUUACAGCUUCUCCCUCACAUGCAGAUGAACACUGGACUUCAGAAAUGGGACACCACACAGAAGAUGAGAUCUGCACAAUAUCCAACCCCAGCAGAAUUGGAUGCUUAUGCUAAGAAGGUCGCCAACAAUCCACUGACUAUAAAAAUUUUCCCAAACAGCGUGAAAGUUCCCCAGAGAAAACACAUUCGUCGUACUGUGAACGGACUUGACACCUCUGGCCAGCGAUACAGCCCUUACCCUUCUCAGACCAGCACAAAAGCCGGCCUGCUUGCAAUAGUAAAGGUUCCUGUGAAAGGAAUAAUAAAGGACUUUGACGGAAGCCGCGCACGUUUGCUACCUGAGGUCAUUAUGAACCCGCCAAACGGUCCUUACAUUGCAACAAGCACUUUAAAUCUUUCUCAGAGUGGCUCUCAUCCAUUGGUGCACCAUCCGCCGCACCAGCAUCAGCAGACUUUGCAGCAGGCACAGGGCUUGAGGCACCCACCUGUCCUUGCUCAGGCCCCUAGCUUGCAGCAUCCUUCACAGGCUUUACCCCAGACUCAGACUCUCAGUCAUGUACAGCCACCCCUCCCUCAUGUUCAGAACUUGGGUCACCCUCCAGCAAACGUUUUGCUGCAGCCACCAGGUUUACAUGGGAGCAGAAAGAUGCCAGAUGCUGAUGCACCACCCAAUGUGACUGUGUCUACCUCAACCAUUCCUCUGUCCAUGGCUGCCAGUCUACACCAAAACCGGGCAGCUGACUUGAGCAGCAUUGUCCAUCAGAUUAAUCAGUUCUGCCAGGCCCGUGCGGGCAUUAGUACUACCUCGGUCUGCGAGGGGCAAAUAGCAAACCCCAGUCCAAUCAGCCGGAAUCUCCUUAUAAAUGCUAGUUCUCGUGUCUCCACACACAGUGUGCCCGCUCCUUUGUCGUCCUGUGUUCUUAGCUCUGUUGACCAAGCAGCAGGAGCAGCUGCUACAGCUGCAUCUGCUUCAACUGCAGCUAUUCCUCCUUCAGCUUCGGCCAAUAUGCCCAUGGCCACAAUGAACAGGGUUCCCACUGGCUAUAAUGGUGACAUGAAGCAGCGUUCUUGGAAUCAACAUCAGCUUGUCCAUCUUCAGCAGAUGUCUGAAAAUGGUCCGGGGCACCCUGCAAAACACCAUCCCAGGGAGCUCCCAGGAUCUGCAAUGUUCUCUUGCAAGACUUUAAAUUACCCUCAGGAGCUGUGCAUGGGGCAGCAGUUUACCUUGAAGCCCCCAUUAGAUAAACCCACCCCUUCUCCUCCAGUCAAUGGGAUUCCUGGCAGCAUGCCCUACACAAAUGGGCAUUAUUUUCAACCUGUGUGGAAUAAUAUUUUACCAACACCAAAUAGUGACAGUUCUGGUUCUCAGGACUUGGCAAUGCCAUUCCACGGAGGACCUUCAGGGGCAUCAAUAGACUGUGCAGCAGGAACUCAUUACAGAGCUGGAGCUGGUUCCUCCAGCCAGACUAAUGUGAUGCAAACCAUGGAUUAUCUGGGCAUGGACUUCCAGCAGCCUUGCUUUAGGGAUCAAAGUCUAGGAAUGGUGGCCAAGAUGCAUCAGCCAUCGAUGACCAGGGUUCCAGAAUCAACAGAUAAUAGAAAUUCUCAUAUUCAGCAUCCUGGGUACAGAUAAGCUGAAAUAUGACAAUGCAUUUAUCUUCAUCAUGUGGAUCUGAUUAGUCUUACUCUUUAUAAUGGAUAACUGUGUUUCGUUUUCCAAACUUGCAAGUGAUCAAGUUAGCAUUUAUGAAUAGUUAAUGUACUGUAACGUCUGGUUAACAAAAUGAUGUAUUGACUUUAUUCACGUUUUAAAAAUCAUUUUAACUGGCUGAACAGUGGCUUUUUUCAAAAUUUUGUUUAAUUGACCCUUAAACUAGCCAUCACUACAAGUCAUAUUUAUAGCAUUAAUAUAUAUUUUCAUUACAUCUGUCUUUAGUGGAAAUUCUUGUUUAGAACAGUGUAAUACAUCCAUCCAUUCAGCCCCUCGAACUUCAAUACUUUUUUUAAAACCUACUUUUACUGCACUGAGAAUUAAUUUUAAGAAAGAUUACUCAUUUUCUUGGAGUAAUUUCUUGCACUAGUGCUGACAAAUAAUACUGCUUGUAUAUGUGUGUAUGACUGUGUGUGAGCAAUCAGAAAACCUAAAGGUAUUCCUUGGCACAUGAAAUGAAUGCCUUAGAUGUGUGUGCUUCAUAUGUUAGUACCAGUAAAACAGCAGUUGAACGGAACUGAACUGCAUUUAUUCCCAUGCUAAUAUGAAAUUUCACAAAUGAUGCAACACAAAGAAAGUUGAUGUGUCAAAAUUUUACUUGCUAUUGACCCUUAAACAGUUUUGGUAGCUUGGAGUAUUUCUAAUCCUCAUGUUUCCUCAACAAGCUCCACCCCAUAUUUAAAAAAAAAGCAA